UGGACACGAACAACGAAAUGUUAUCUGAUGUCUCAUCCGAUUUAUCAAUAUCUCGCGGUGUCGAACCAGAAAAACCAGAGAUUGACCUGAAUUCUGUGCGAAACGCCGUAGUUUAUGAUGAACUAGGAAACAAAAUAAGAUUUGGAGAUAUCUACAAGAAACAGAAAACAAUAAUUUGCUUCGUGCGGCAUUUCUUAGACUACACGUGCAAAGAAUAUGUGGAGGACUUGGCCAAGAUUCCUUUAGAAUAUCUACAGGAAGCAGGUGUGAGAUUGGUUGUGUUGGGCCCGGCACCAUACAAGUUCAUCCAAGGUUUUAAAAAGUUGACAGGAUAUCAGUACACUCUCUACUGCGAUCCUGAGCAAUUAGUGUACAAGGCCUUCAACUGUGUGGUAAAGCUAGACCAUGGCAACCCUUACAAAAGUAAGCAUAUCAAAUCUGGUGUGCUCAUGGGUGUACUGUCCAGUACAUGGAGAGCUAUGAGGUCCCCCAAUGAGUUCCAGGGAGAUGUGAAGCAGCAGGGAGGAGCCUUUAUACUGGGACCUGGUGAUGUGUUACAUUUUGCUCAUCACGAUCAGUCGUCAUCAGAUCACAUGCCAAUCAACAACUUGCUAACGAAAGCAGGUGUGCAGCAGGUCAGCUUCCAGAAAGAUCCACGCAUACAAGUUUUGUGACAGAUCAUAUCUUUGUCAUCCUCCUUCCAUUUGCUACCAUUAAUCCUGUGUUAUCAUCUAUCAGAUCAUCCUUGUGUUACUGUAUUGGGUUCUGUUGGAUGUCCUUGACACUUGUGUGAUGUCAUUGGGAUUUAAGUCAAGGUUCAGGAAGCCUUGAUUUUGCAGAGAGAAAUUAAACAGGUGCUUCUGUGUCUUCAUUUAACCAAUUGAGUCCCUGAUUGGGCUUCUGCUUUCCUCUGUGGCUGGGUUUAUGUCUGAUGUUCAAGUUACAUUGGCUACGUUGGUGGUCAUCUAAUGGUUUGCCUUCAUGUAAGACAGCACCAACAUUACUACUGUCAGAUUGUCUGUCAACCGCUGAGGUAACAUGGACCUGACAUACGUCCAUGGCCAUAUUAUCCUAUCAGUUUAUGUUCAUGAUGAUCAUUGUUCACAUUCAGCAAUGAAUGAGGACUUGACUAAAACUCAUUCAGUUCACAUCUUUCUAAAUAAGUUUCUGUUCAGGCUGCUGCCUUAUACAGUACCCCUCUGAGUGACUGCCAAUACGUGGCACUAGCGUGUGGUGAUAGGUGAUCAAACAGUUACUAGAGUAACUCCUAACAUACAGGUACAAGUGGAUUGAAAUAUAAAAAACAGAGUUAUGUCCCUUUGUGGCCUCUAGCAGAGCAUAGUUUUAAGUAACCGCGCUAUUCUUUUUAUCAUCGCACACUGUAUGUGUAGAAAAGCAUUUUAUACAUCAUCUCUAUUUUUACAUGUAACAGCAAAAUGAAAGUUUCAGAAAGUUGGUUAUGAUUUUAUUUUAUUUAUUUAUUUGAUUAUUUAAGACUAUAGCUUUGUCAUUCUGU